AUGGGAAUUAUAAGGAGUGCAUGUAUAACAGCACUGACUGGUGCAGUGAUUCUUGAGCAUAUUUUAAUGAAAGAGGAUGAGAGAAAGUAUAAACAAAAGUACAAUAAAAGUACCCCAAUGAACUGGAUGCCACCAUCAAGAAGCACUACAAUUAACAAUAUUACUAAUAUAAAGUAUGAUUUAGUGAUUAUUGGAGGAGGAAGUGCUGGUGCUGGAUGUUUACUAGAUGCUGCAUCAAGAGGGUACUCGGCACUGCUCCUGGAGAGGGAAGACUUCGCAAGUGGAACCAGCUCAAAAAGUACAAAAUUAAUUCACGGUGGGAUUAGGUAUUUAGAAAAAGCAAUUAAAGAAUUAGACUAUAAACAGCUUUCACUGGUAAUUGAAGGACUCCGGGAAAGAAAGUCAUUUCUAAACCUGGCACCGUACUUAACAAGAGAAGUAGGGAUACUCCUCCCAAUCCGGCAUACAAUAACCAUUCCAUAUUUUUGGCUGGGAACAAAAGUGUACGACUGGCUCUCCGGGAGUCUUGGCGUACAGAAGAGUUAUUUCAUAAAUAAGAAAGAAGUAAAAAGAGUUCUUCCAACAAUUGACUACAAAAAGGUUGCAGGAGGAAUGGUAUAUUUUGAUGGACAAAUGGAUGAUUCAAGAGUGAACACUAUGCUUAUUGAAACGGCCAUAUACCAUGAAGGGACUGCACUGAAUUACUGCGAGGUUAUUGGGUUUAAAAAGAGCAAAGGGAAAAUUGUGGGGGUGACAUUCCAGGAUAAAGAAACGGGAAGGCAGCAUACGGUCGAGUGUACAGGUGUGAUAAAUGCAACUGGCCCAUUCACAGACAAAAUUAGACAACUUGAUAAUCCAGAGACUCCGAAAAUUAUAUCACCAAGUGUUGGUGUUCAUUUAGUAAUCCCAGGAGGGUAUACGGGCAAGUUCGGUAUGCUCAAUCCAAGCACAAAAAAUGGAAGUGUCUUAUUUCUACUUCCAUGGAGAAAGCAUUCAAUCCUUGGUACGACAGACAGUACAGGAACAAACACAAUGCCAGCAGAGAAAGACGUAAACUACUUAAUUAAUGAAAUGGGAGAAUUCGUAGAGAGAAAACUCAUCCCCAAAGCAAAAAACAUUCUGAGUGCGUGGGGAGGUAUACGACCACUUGCCAUGGAUCCAUCAGCAGGCAUGGACAGCACGGCCAUUGUUAGGUCACACCUUAUUGAUAAGUCAGAAUCAGGACUAUUAACAAUAUCCGGUGGGAAGUGGACAAGUUACAGAGAAAUGGCAGAGGAAGCAGUAACAGAAGCAGCCAGAACAUUCAGACUCCCGCAUAAGAAAUGCAUUACAAAAUAUAUCAGGUUAAUAGGCAGCCAUGAAUAUCACGUAAAUAUGCCCACGUACUUAUCAAAAACCUUCGGUAUACCACAGGAUAUAUCAGAGCACUUAGUGUCAACAUACGGCGACAGAGCCAGGAAAGUCUGUGAAUACGCAAAUGGCAAUUAUACCAGGAUAGAUGUAAACCAUCCGUAUAUAACAGCAGAAGUACCGUAUACAAUAGAUCAUGAACACGUCAGGAGAAUAUCCGAUUAUUUAGGCAGACGUAGUUUAUUCGCAUACUUCAAUGUAAGGGAUGCCCAUUCAUCAGUCCCUGUACUAUUAAAAGAGUUCAAGCAGUACAUGAACUGGUCAGAGGAUCAAGCAAGAAUUGAAGAGCGUCAAGCAUAUGCUUAUUUAGACACAAUGGGAUACAGUCUUCUUAAGAAAAUGGAAGACCGGGAGAUUAAAUUUGAAGAAUUCAAAGCGGCCGUGCUUGGUACGUGCAAGAAUUCACUGUGUGAUUAUAAUAAGGUUAAUUCAUUAGUCAAGAAAUCCUUUAACCUUCCAUUUAUCCCUGCACUCAAAAAUUCACAGGUUCAUAAAAAAUCAGGGACAGUUCCGAUACAAGAAGUUCUUAGCACAGUGCAGAAUCAUUUUAGUAUAAUCCAAUAA